CUAUAAAGUUGUCCGAAACCGACACUUCCUACAGUAGAGUCAACGGACUCUCUCCCUCUGUCUCUCUCUCUUCCCCCCCCCCCCCCCCCCUACUCCCCCUUUCUUCUUAUCUUCAUUUUCAGAAUUUCAGGUUCUGCUUUUGCUCUGCAUGGAUCCGGCACUGCUCGAUUCGGCAAAGGCCGCGGCAGGCGGCGGAGCGCAAGAGAAGAGCCUUCUCAGGGAGUACGCCGAGAGAGAGCUCAACGCGAUUCUCUGGUUCUUGCUCAUCGCCAUCACCGCUCUUCUCCUCAGAAAGGUCGUCAAGUUGUUCGUAUUGUGGGCGAAGGGGGCCAAGAUCCCUGGACCUCCUUGCCCCUCAUUCUACGGCCACUCCAGUCUCGUCACCGAUUCAAAAUUCCCGAGAAAUCUCCCCGACCUUUUGCAAGAUUCCCACGAGAAGUAUGGGUCGAUUGUCAAGCUUUGGUUAGGUCCUGCUCAGCUAUUAGUGUCAGUGAAAGACCCGACACUUAUUAAAGAGAUGCUACUAAAGGCUGGGGACAAAGUGCCUAUGACAGAGAGGGCAUUUCGUUUAGCCUUUGGGAGGUUAAGCCUCUUUGCAUCCUCUUUUGAUAAGGUCCACGAGAGAAGGGAAUCACUUGCAAUGGAAUUAAGUGGCAAGUUGAUUGAGGGAACAAAUGCCAUUCCUAUGAAGGUUUUGGAUUGUGUAAUGGAAAGAAUUCAGGAUAUGAUGACUGUAGGAAGUCUUGAUUGUCAAAUGAUUUCUCAACAUAUGGCUUUUGCCAUCUUGGGAACCACACUGUUUGGGGAUGCAUUCUUGGCUUGGCCUAAGGCAACUGUCUAUGAAGAGCUGCUUAUGAAUAUUGCAAAGGAUGCUUGCUUUUGGGCCUCUUAUCGGAUUAUUCCUUUCUGGAAACGAGGAUUUUGGAGGUAUCAGCAUUUGUGCAUAAAGUUAAAAUGCUUAACUCAAGACAUUAUUCAACAGUGCAGACAAAAUUGUAAAUUAUUUUGUCAAAUGGAUAAAAUAGCCCAUAAUGAAACUGCAAAUUUUGAAAUGGAGGGUGAACAUGAUGUACCAUCAUCUGGCUGUGCAACUCUGGGUAACAUAUUAUUACGUGGGCUUGAUCACCUUCUUGAUGCCAAAGAAGAGCCAUGUGGAAAUAUUAUGGGUGUAAUGUUUCAUGGGUGCCUAACAAGUGCAAUUCUAAUUGGUAACAUCUUGGCUAGGCUUGCAACCCAUCCAGAAAUACAGGACAAGAUUUAUGAGGAGAUAAUUAUGGUGCGAAAAGGAUCACAGAAACAAGAUCAACAAGGUGUUAAUAAGAUGCCUUUUUUGUUGGCAACUGUAUAUGAAUCUGCUCGUCUCCUGCCUGCAGGACCUUUGCUACAAAGGUGCUCCCUCAAAUAUGAUUUGAAUCUUAAAGGUGGCGUGACAAUACCAUCUGGAACACUGCUCGUUGUGCCUAUACAGUUAGUACAGACAGAUGAUUCUAGCUGGGGGAAGGAUGCUGGCCAGUUUAAUCCUUAUCGUUUUCUGUUGAAUGCUGGAAAGAUAUCUGAUUUACUUCACUUGGAAGCCCUCACAGGCGCUCCAGAGGAACUUGCGGAUCCAGGGCAAAGCUCAUUUGUUUUGAACGAUCCAAAUGAAACUGCAGCUUUUCUCCCUUUUGGUUCUGGUGUACGGGCCUGUGUUGGACAGAAAUUUGCAAUCUUCAGAAUUGGAACACUUUUUGCAGCUUUGCUUGAACAAUAUGAGGUAAGGCUUGAUGAAGGCUCUAACAAUGACCAAAAGUCAAUCAUGAAUGAUCCUGUUCUGCCGCUUCCUCCCACUCCAAAAAUCAUUUUUGCGAGACGGAAUGGCCAAACAAAAUAAAGCAGGGGAACUGUAGAUGUGGGAUGGAGUUUCUAUGUUUAGUGUUUUUCCCUCCACCUCAGCCCAACCCUCAGGUUCUCUGUUGCUUAUUCAUCGCCUUUUUUUUUUUAAGCUUCAAAUGUGCAAAGCAAUAUGAAAACAUAUUUUCCGCUCGUUAGCUGCCGCACUGGAGGAUGUUACAUGGUCUAUUUCCGAACCCAUGUUUUUUCCUACCCUGUUUUUAUAUGGCUCAAGUGCUGUCCUCCAUGCUGUGAGUGGAUAUACAUGUUUUUUUUGAAGCACCAUGGGGCUGUUACUGCAAUGGUGUCGUGGUUUACCCCCCACUCUUUUCUCUGUAAUUUUUUUUCUCUCUCCAUUGGGAGUUUAUGCAUUGUUUUGAUGUUUACAGUGUAAUUAUUGACCAGUUCACCAGGUGAUGUGCAGUGUGCAUUACCCCUCUACUUAAUAUGCCCUUGUUUUAUCUUA